AUGAGAUAUUUUACCAAUCAAAAUAUGCCUGAAGACACAAUUGUUUAUAUUCUAGUUGCAGGUUUCACUGGCCAACUCAAAGGGUGGUGGGAUAAUUAUCUCACUAAGGCCGAUAGAGAAAAUAUCCUCUCUGGAGUAAAAAUUGACGACAAAGGUAAAACCAUUGUCAGCGAUAAUGAACACCUCCCUGAUGCUGUAUAUACCUUGUUAUACACCAUCUCCCAACACUUCCUUGGUGACCCUUCUUUAUGGAGAGAAAGGUCGGGUGAGCUUCUUUCCAACCUGAGGUGUAAAUCCUUAGAACAUUUUAAGUGGUAUAAAGAUACCUUUAUGUCUAGGGUCUUAACUAGAGAAGACUGUAACCAAGCCUAUUGGAAAGAAAAAUAUCUGGAUGGGCUUCCAAAAUCUUUCGGAGAUCUUAUUAGGAGUAAACUCCGAAGUAAUUCCCCUAGUGGAGAGAUCAAUUAUGACAGUUAUGACUAUGGUCAACUUACUACCAUUAUCAUCCAUAAUGCCAUUAAAGUUUGUCAAAAGGAUAAACUUCAGAAACAGCUUGCCAAAGAGAGAGCCUUGAAUAAGAAGGAUUUAGGAUCCUUCUGCGAGCAAUUUGGUCUUCCAUCUUGCUCCACCAAAAAGAAGAAACAAGCUCCUAAGAAAGAGACUGUUGAAACCUACAAGAAGAAGCACAAUAGAAAACCCCCUUCCAAGAAACAAGGGGAAAGUGUUAUCCCCAUCAAUAUUCCCAAAAAAUCCAGAACAGGCGUAACCUGUUACAACUGUGGUAAAUCCGGUCAUAUCAGUAAGUACUGUAGGUUGAAAAAGAAAAUUAGCAGUCUCAACCUUGAGCCUUCUAUAGAAGACUAG